ACACCAGAAGAAGAAGACAGCCACUCGCCAGCAGAAGCGCGACAUUUGAACGUGAAUCCGACUUUUAAAAUGUAUUAUUAUUUUGUAAAAAAAAAAUAAUAAUAAAAAAAUGAAGCUUGCGGUGUUGUUUGUACUCGCACAUGGCGUUUCCAGUGUUGUUACUGAUGGACUGUCAGCAUUUGUGAUGGAUGGAGAUUCAGUCACUCUACGCACUGAUGUUAAAACAAACCAUCGAGAAUAUAUAAAAUGGUAUUUUAAUGACACCAGAAUCGCUCAAAUGACUGGAGAUCUCAGUUAUAUCUGUACAGAUGUUCAGUGUAAUGAAGGUACUGAGAGAUUCAGAGACAGACUGAAGCUGGAUCAUCAGACUGGAUCUCUGACCAUCACAGACACCAGAAACAUUGACUCUGGAGUUUAUAAACUACGGAUCACCAUCAGCAGCAACAUCAAUGAAAAGAUCUUCAUUGUUGCUGUAUAUGGUGUUUCUGCUGUUGAACGAGAUAAAAUGAAGAAAAAGUCAGUGAAGGAGGGAGAAUCUGUCAGUUUUGAUCCUGGUGAAAUAAAAAAACAAAAUAAUUUGAUGGCAUGGUAUUUUAACAACUCUCUCAUCGCUGAAAUCAUUGGAAAUCAGAGUAAAAUCUGUACACAUGAUCAGUGUGAAGAUGCUGAUGAGAGAUUCAGAGACAGACUGAAGCUGGAUCAUCAGACUGGAUCUCUGACCGUCCUGAACACCAGAACCACAGACUCUGGAGAUUAUCAACUACAGAUCAACAGCAGCAGAAUCAGCAUUAUCAAGAUAUUCAGUGUUACUGUCACUGCUGGUCCAGAUUCAACUUCUGCUGCUGCUGCUGUUGUUGUUGUUGUUGCUGUUCUUCUGGUGGCUGUAGCUGCUGUGAUUUACUAUCAUCAAAGGAAAUCUACACAAGCAAGACAAAAUGGCAAGCAUUACAUACAGCUGAUUUUACAAGAUGGAAAAUUAAAAUUGUAUUUUAAAAGUGUAUUUUUAUUCGAAUUAACCAAAGUAAUCUGCUUAAUUGAGUUUGUUGUUAUUAUUGUUCAAACAGAUACAAUGCGGCACAAUCAAGAUCAGGUGAGAUAUUGUGUGCACUGAAUCUGAUUGCAAAAAAAAAAAAAGAAAUUGUGAAUUUACAACCGAUUCGGAUCUGUGAGAUCUGUAAGUCUCACAAGUGUAAGUGUGGCUGAAUUGUAUGUAUGCAUGUAUGUGGUUUUAUUCAGAAAUCAUUACAUAGAAACACCAAUAUUUAUAUACAUGUAUUGACUUAUUUAAGAGAUCACUGAUAUUGUGCCCUUGUAUUUCUUGAAUGAAGAAAGAGGUUCUUUAGAUUUACCAAACAUCAUGGAGAAAAUAACAUGUCAUCAAACCUGAUUAUUUGUUUUACCUUUCAUGAAUGUGUGUUUUCUUACAGGGAAAUGGUGUGGACUCAAUUCCCUUAGCAGGAAGGGAUUCCAUUGAUCACUGCUCAUAAUGGGACAUUACAGUGGCAUUAUUUAUUAUUUUGGUAAAAAUACUGCAUUCAAUUUACCUCAGAAUUCAGAACAGGGAUUGACUUCACACCCAAGUAGACUCUGGUUUCAGUACACAGCCAACAUUUGUGUGUGGGGCCCAUGUGGGUUUUACAUGGGCUGAAAAAGUGGGCCCAAAAUGGGAUUUCAUGUGGGAUUGUUCUUGCCAACAGGUGGGCCCCAACUGGGCAACAUGCACAAGACCCAUCUUGGCCCCAGCUUUAUUUUUUUAUGUGGGUACUACAAGGUUACUACAUGGGCUGAAAUAUGGGUUGUAAGUGGGUUUUGUCCACAGGUUCCAUGUUGGCCCCGUGCAACAUACCCAUGUGGGUUUCAUGCAGGAUUUCCCUGGGCUUUAGGUGGGGCCCAACUAGAGAUGAUAUGCAAAACCCAUCUGGGUUCCAUCUAAAUAUGGGUUGU